UUGGCUGAUUUACCUGGAUUUACCUGUAUUUACCUUCGUAGCUGUCAAAGCUUCGUACUGCUUCGUACUGUGAACGACGAUGAAUUACCAGCCCUAACCUUAAUUAACCUUCUGUGAGAAGGAAACAGAGUGCACGUCUCGCACGUGAUUCGUAGUGAAAAUUGUAUUUAAUUCACAGUAGCCAUGGUCCGAAAAUUAAAGUAUCACGAACAGAAACUGUUGAAAAAAGUCGAUUUCAUCUCCUGGGAGGUGGACAACAAUUUGCACGAAGUGAAGAUUCUGAAACGUUAUCGGAUACAAAGGAGGGACGAUUAUACAAAAUACAAUAAAUUGUCACGAGAAAUUCGUGAAUUGGGGAUGAAGAUUAAGCAAGUCGAUGCGGAUCAUCCGUUUCGAAUAGAGCAAAGUGCUUUACUGUUGGAGAAAUUGUACAUGAUGGGACUGAUUGCGACGAAAUGGGAUUUGUCGUUGACGCAAAAGGUGAGCGCGAGCUCCUUUUGUAGGAGACGAUUGCCCGUAGUCAUGGUACGAAACAAGAUGAGCCAGAACUUGAAAAUGGCCACGCAACUGAUUGAACAAGGCCACGUCCGAGUCGGUGCAGAGGUCGUGAAAGACCCGGCAUUCUUGGUGACCAGAAACCUGGAAGACUUUGUCACUUGGGUAGACGCCUCUGCUAUUAGGAAACACGUAUUGGAAUACAACGAUGCUGUGAGUGACAUACUGCUGACGAUACUCGCUACGUAUUUAUCUUUCAAUUCUUUUUUUCAUUACAGAGAGACGAUUUCGACAUGACAUGAGUGCGUUUUAACGACAAUUGUGUGUAUUCUCAACGAGUCGAUAAAGUCUUUUUCACUCUCGUCUUGUUCCCCCCUUACGAACACACCUCGAGGUUGCACACAAUGUUCACAUACAGUCGCUACAAAAAUAAUGCAAUAAAAGACAAUUUGACGGCGAGAUUCGUAGAUUAUACUCACCAAAAGUCCAACACAGUGAUGCUCUAAUUUUGACUAUCCUUUUGCGCCGAUCUAGAAUUCUAUUUUUAAUCUUUAUCGUGGACAAACUAUUUUUUGAUGAAUUAGUAACGUCGAUUGUAGAAGGGUACAUUCUGUACAUUCUUUUUAAAACUCUGACGAAUCAAAAUUUUAUCGUCGCAUACUACAAGUGUUGCGUUCGAAUGCUCGUUGGAGAUAAUCUUCGGGCGAUCGAACAAAUAAUCAACCUUUUUCUACUUUCGAUCUUUACAAUCACAAAAUAAGAGUGUCGAUAUCUUUGACAAUGCUUUUAUGUUUAACGACACGAGUCGUUGGAUUUGCAUUUGUUUCAACGACUGGUUCGUCGACGUCUAUUGUUUGUACGAUGAUUCCCUCAGUGCCUUCCGCGAUUUAAUCCGGGAUCCGACGCUGGACAAGGAUUGCAAAAUAGAUUUGCGAGUAUUGCUCUUUAGCAUUUUCGUGUUUCACUAUCGUGUCGGAAGAAUUCUCCAUUUUGAAUUUGAAGUUUUACUCAAGUGUGCGAUAGGAAGAGGAGUUUUCUUUCGGUAAAGAUUUAUUAAAAAUCAUACAACGACAUCAUCGAGUUUCCAAAUGUGUCCGUUUGAAUCUAUUUCGUUUUGUCAAGAUCAUCGAUUAGCAAUAAACAACGUACGCAUUUCAUAUAAAACGAUAUAUGUAUAAAAGCUCGAUUAAAACACUAUUGUACCAUCUGA